AUGAUUAAAAUAUAUACAAGUAAUAGUGUAAUAAAGUUCUCAAAUAAACUAGAGACUAAAACUGAAGAAUACAGAAAUCUUGAAGAUAUCUUAAAGGGGGAUAAAAAAAAUAUAAAUGAAGAAGAGGGCGAAUACGAAGUCGAAUCUAUUCUAGAUCAUAAAACUAACGGUUAUUCGGAAGAUGAAUUAUCCUGGAUUUAUGAAGAAGAUUUAUUUGCUGAAGAACUUAUAAAACAUUCAACUAGUUCUACCAAAAUAAAUACCAGAGCAAAUGCUGGAACAGUUAUAUCAACAAAAAGAAACGCUGCCAAACAAGAACCCAGACAUCGAAAAUUUCCAAAGAAACCAAAAACAAUAAAGGUCACAUUGGAUAAUGAGUAUGAGAUCCUUAUUAUAGAUGAUAACUGGGAAAAUAAGGUUGAAUCAAUUGAAUCAAUUGUUCGUGACGACAAAACCAAAGAAUUGUUUGCUUAUCUCAAAUGGUAUUAG